GAAAAAGUAUACGCGGCGUACUUAGAGUGAAGUUUUGUUAAAUAAGAAUCAUGAAUAUAUUUCGUUUAUGUGGUGAUUUAUCUCACCUAUUAGCUGUAAUAAUAUUAUUACUUAAAAUCUGGAAAACAAGAUCAUGUGCAGGCAUUUCUGGAAAGUCUCAGAUACUUUUCUCUGUAGUAUAUACUACCAGAUAUGUUGAUUUGUUGACGACAUUCAUUUCGCCGUAUAACACUAUAAUGAAGGUGGUCUUCAUCGUUGCUUCCUACGCGACUGUUUAUUUGAUGUAUGUUAAGUUUAAAGCGACAUAUGACCAUAAUCAUGAUACCUUCAGGAUUGAAUUCUUGUUGAUCCCAUCGCUUAUUCUGGCACUACUUAUUCAUCAUGAGUUUACAGUUAUGGAGGUUUUAUGGACAUUUUCAAUUUACUUAGAAGCAGUGGCUAUUUUACCUCAGCUGUUCCUUGUAUCGAAAACAGGAGAGGCAGAAAGUAUCACAUCACAUUAUUUGUUUGCUCUUGGCAUGUACAGAACACUUUAUCUAUUCAAUUGGGUAUACCGCUACGUUUUUGAGGGGCAUUAUGAGUUGAUUGCUAUUAUUGCUGGAAUUGUGCAGACUGUACUAUACUGUGAUUUUUUCUAUCUCUAUAUUACAAAAGUUCUCAAAGGAAAGAAGUUGCAGCUGCCAGCUUAAGUUAUAUGCAAUGUAAGGCAUUGCAAAUAGAAAAAAACAAUAUGACGAAAAUAUCUGUGAAGGUGUUUUAUAAUUAGCCAAUAAAUUACCUAAGAUCUAGAUGUACAUUGUCUGUACACUUGUGAAAAUGUUGAUUACUAAAGGCAGUUAGUUAUGUGUGAUGAUGAUGAAUUAAUAGUCUAACCUAACCAUGUACUAUAUUAGUUUCUAGCACAAUAUUCAUAAUGAGAAACCAAUGAUUAAAUAAAUAUUAGAUAAAUACAGCUGAAUUGUAUCUGGUUACUAACAUGCAUUGAAUUUUUUUCCAUUAAAUAUUUGAUGUCUUCUAGUGACGAUAUAAUUUUUUUAUUUGAGAAAAAUUCAUGUUGUGUAUAAUUUUAUAACGAAUGUCUAACACUAGAAUAUUCUGAUUUUGUUUACAAUAUGUAACAUUAAAUAUUUUUUCAUAUAAAUAUUUGUAGUUAAAAAAAAGUAAUUCUUCACUGAUUUAUGUACAUAGGCUUACAAUGAUGUUCAAAAAUUAAAGAAACCGUACUCCCGUAGAUAUUAUUUUUAUUCACACAAUUUGCUCUAAAAACUGAAUUAAUUGAUAAUAUAAUGUGUACUCUUGUGAUGUGCGAUAAUAUAUAUGCAGCUAUAACUUGAUGUUUUGCAUAUUACUUCCUGUGACAGGAAUUAUUAAUUUCAAUAUGAAUAGAAAGGGUGUUAACACCAAUAAAGAUAGUGGCUGUUAAUUUCGAAUUCAUUGACAUACAAUAAUCCGCUUAUAAAAAUCACUGAUAAUGCUAAUGAGAUAGAUCUAUAUAAAAGAAUUUUACAAUUUAUUAGCGUCUGUAUAGAUUGACAAGGAAAAGGGUUACUUAAUAAUGUUGAAUAUUCGAAACUCAGUCACGUCUUCAGGUCGUCGGCUAUAUAUAACCGUAUAUUUCAGAUAAAUAGAUUUGUACAAAUUUUCAGUUAAAAAAAAACAUACCAGCCCUGCUUUUGUAUAAAUCUUUAAUAUAUUUAUUACUGAAACAUUUUUAUUUUUUAAUAUGAUGUCUUUCCUAUAAUUAAUCGAUAUAAAAAUUAUAUAAGGAAAUUUUAUUGUCGUAUCUUGAAUCGGUAAAAAUAUAAGUUUAUACAUAAAUAAGUUUAGUAUUAUCUAUAAUAUUAUCAGAGUGCAUUUGUAUGGUGUUUGACAUGCUUUGCAAGUACUGUCAUACAAUGUAUGGGAUGUUUCUUAAUCCACAUUCCUUCCAUACAUUGUCACACAACAAUAAAUAAAUAUAUUUAUAUAAGAAUUAAGUUCUUAUUUAUAAUGUAAGCCAAUGAAGGCGAUUGCAAUUGUGUAUAGACAUGUGGGCAAGUCAUUUUUAUAAUAUUUAAUUUUUCUAAAUAUAAAAGGUCUUAGUAGUUUAGAUUCUGCCCACGUUAAUAGACAAACUAUUGAUUCUGGUUAAUGAUUGUGUCACUAAAUAUUACGUGAGGAUUAGUAUGAAAGUAACUUCAAUAAUUGUUUUCAUUUCGGUAUUGCUACAAAUAUUAUUUGUAUUGACAAAUUAUUGGUAUAAAAGUGUCAAUUUAUUAAAAACAUGUUUGCUAUUGAUGGUAAUCAGUAAAACAGAUCAAACAAAAUUUUUUUUAAUAUACUUUUAAGAACUGAAUGUAAUUUCUUGCAAUAAGUAUUCCUAAAUAAAUAAAAAUUACGAAGUGAA